CCAAGUAGCAAUAAGAACAAAUUCAACGGAAUUGUACACGGGCGAGACAUGCAUAAUCACCCACUAAUACUACCGGCAUUAGCUAUACAUUUCUUUUAUCAGCAAAACAAAAUUAAAACAUUAAUAAUAAAAUGUACAAGCAGUAGUUUAAACCCAUUCAAUAGAAAAAGUUUAAUAGAAAAAGAUCCAUUUUAUAUCAGCUCAUAAUUCCGAUCAUUACUGUGUAAUCGCUAAUUAGAACCUGCAAAAUCAGAUCUGCUGGCCCCAACACGCUUCCAUUGCCGACAUAAGCCAUAAAUCACGAUCUAAGUCGGAAUGUUAUUAGCUCUAACCCGAAAGAAUGAUCUACAUUUGAUUAACUCCAGAACCCUUUUCCAAUGAAUCUGCAUCUUCCUGUAAAUUUUUUUUGUUCCGCCAUAACCACAAGGACCACAAAACAGUAAACCAAACAACUGCCCGAGCUUGCUUUAAGAUGGAGAUGGUACUUCAAUUACCUGAAUUCAAAAAUGCAUUUGCCCUCUCUUCUCUUAAAGAAUUAGGAAUUUCUUUUUCUCUUUGUAUUUGAAGUUUUUAGAAGAUGCGAGUGAGCUCUGAUUUGACAAAAUCCUCUUUUCCUACUGUGGAAUUCUCUCUUCUUCUUUCUUUCUUUCUCUCCUUCAAAGAUUCUUUCCUCCCAUGUAGCAAUGAUGUCUAUCAACAAAGGGAAAGAAAUAGCAGAAGGGUCAUCAAGAUCAACUGUUGCCGCUGAUAAUCAGCAGAAUAAUCCACCGCCGUUGAGCCGGUAUGAGUCGCAGAAGCGACGGGACUGGAACACUUUUGGGCAGUACUUGAGGAAUCAGCGACCUCCAGUGGCUCUUUCUCAGUGUAACUCCAAUCAUGUGCUUGAAUUUCUGAGGUACCUGGAUCAAUUCGGCAAGACUAAGGUGCACUUACAAGGGUGCGUCUUCUUUGGGCAACCGGAGCCCCCAGGACCCUGCACAUGUCCUCUGAAGCAAGCUUGGGGCAGCCUAGAUGCACUAAUCGGGCGGCUCAGAGCUGCCUACGAAGAAAAUGGUGGCUUACCGGAGACUAAUCCGUUCGCCAGCGGCGCGAUACGGAUUUACUUAAGGGAAGUGAGGGAUUCACAAGCCAAAGCAAGGGGAAUUCCUUACAAGAAGAAGAAAAAGAAGAGAAAUAUUCCAGCCAAGUCCAAUGAAGAUCAUACCUCCAACUUUAGUACUAUGCAGCAACCUUGAUUUUCCCCAUGAUUUUCCUAGAAAACGAUCUUAAAUAAAUUCCGUGAGUUUGCAGCUCUAUAUCGGAACUUGAUCGAUAGCUAGGUAGCGAUAGCACCGUGUGUUUAUCGUUCAUAUCAGAAUCAAAUUAAGUGGGGGAAAUGAAGCAAGAAAGAAAAUUUGGGAGAACGUUGAAGAAGGUAAGUUGUUUUUCUUCCUUUAUAAAUGUUCCUUAUCUUAGGUCAAGUACAAGUUUGUAAUAUAUAUGAACAACGUCGUCUACAUAUAUAUUCUCCAGUUUUAUGUAUAUGCGAAGACCAUUAUAUUGCAUUGCAAAUGUUACAUUUGUUUUUGUGGUUGCUGAUCAGCUCAGCUUUAUUUGAUAAUCUUGCUUUAAUUGGUUUUUGGUAUUCCCCACUUCAAGUCGAGUUCAAGUUAAGUUUGACUCCAAUAGUUUACGAAUUACCUAUAAACUAGUUUACUUACUAACAACUCUAAUUAUUAGUCACAGAUUUUUAGAGUUUUCCCCAAAAGGGAAAAUGACCGUACUUUUGGAUGUGUGCCGUACUUAAUUAAUGCUAAUUUACUUCGAUUCCUUGAUCAAGGUACACAACUGAAAUUUAGACUGAUUAAAUAUUUAUGGUAUAUAUGUAGUAGGGAUGAAGCUCAAAAUGUUUUUAAGUUUAGUUUGAUUUAUGGUAGAUACAUUGUAGGAUUGAAGCCUUUAAUUUAGAGUUGAUAAUUAAGUAGUGACAAGAUC